AGAAACAGGUCCGUAGUCCAGUAACAAGGUCGGUGUACAGGGCAGUCCGAGGCAAAGGUACAUAAACGGCAGGCGAAGAAUCAGGGUCAUAACGAGACAGGCUGGGCGGGAAACAGGCAAGGAUCAAAACGAACAGGCAAUCAGAACAGCAGGAACAAACCGAUUGACUGGCUCAGUAAACUGGGGCAACAAUCUCGCACUGAAUGACUGGUGAACAGGGAAUAUAAACAGUGGAAAACAGGUGCACACAAUAACAGUAAUGAGUGAAGGGCGUGCAAAUGCCUGCUGAGUGAGAAACCGGUAACAGCUGAGAAAUGUCAUUGAAAAACCACGCCUCCAAAGAUCGUAGAAAAUUAAAAGAUCUACAAGGUGAAGGCGCGGCAGGCGACGCAACAUAUGGCUGCCCGUGAGUGACUUUUGAGAUGCUACUCUGGGCCAUUCUCGUGAUGUCCUUGAUAUUGGAGCCCUACCUAUGUGAUUCUAAAUCUGUAGGUUCUCUGUAUAUUGUUGAGGACCCAGUCAACAAUGCAGAAGCAGACAAACUGCUGAACAAGAUUCAAUACGUCGCCCGGAGCUGCAAAGAGCUCAAAGAAAAAUACCAAGUUCAUGACGAUGGGCUGUAUUACCUCACUACCACAAACGGAAUUCUGUACGAGGCGUUCUGUGACAUGACCACGGCGGGUGGGGGCUGGACACUGGUGGCCAGCGUCCAUGAGAAUAACCUGUAUGGGAAGUGCACUCUGGGGGAUCGCUGGUCCAGCCAGCAGGGCGACAACCCCAAUCUGCCGGAGGGGGACGGAACCUGGAGCAACAAGGUUACCUUUGGGUCUCCUGAGGCUGCCACCUCUGAUGACUACAAGAACCCCGGGUAUUAUGACAUCACAGCAGAAGACGUGUCCGUGUGGCAUGUUCGGAACAAUGCAGAUAUUAAAGAAUGGAUCGCCAAGUCCAUCUUGCGCUACCACACAGCGACCAGAUUCCUGACUUUACAGGGUGGAAACCUCUACCAGCUGUUCAAGCGCUACCCUGUGGGAUUCAAUUUGGGCACAUGCAACACUGACAAAGGCCCAACUGUUCCUAUAGUGUAUGAUUUUGGGAAUGCAGAAACUACUGCAAAUCUGUAUGGGCCACUCUCAAGGGGGGAGUUUACUGCAGGUUUUAUCACUUUCCGAGUCUUCAACAAUGAGAAGGCAGCUAUGGCCAUCUGCUCUGGAGUCAGUCCCAGGGGAUGCAACACAGAACAUUACUGUGUGGGGGGAGGAGGCCAUUUCCCUGAAGCUGCACCACGUCAGUGUGGGGAUUUUGCUGCGUUUGACUGGGACGGCUAUGGAACCCACACAAUAUAUAGUGCCUCCCGGGAUAUGAUUGAGUCUGCCAUGCUGCUGUUUUACCGCUGAAGAGACACCAUUUCUCCCCAUCACUCUUCAUCGUUAUUAUUACAUUGCAGCAAAUCUCUUUCUACUAUCUUUGCUUAAUUACAGGUCAAAAGGGGUUCUCCAUGUUAUUUAGGCUUUUACAGAGAAAGGAGGAUACUACUUCAUCUUUUAACUGUUUUAGCAGGUUUAAGUGAUGUGUAAUCCACUUUGUUCUGUUUUUCAUAUUUCAGAAUAUAAAAUUGGUGUUGGGCAGUACAAUUGUAAAAACUGAAUAAAUAUAUGAUAUUAUGCAGCA